CCGUCUGUUCCAGCUCCACUAAAAACACACACUCUUCCAUUCAGUCUCUCCCUCUCUCCUCUCUCUAUCUCUAUCUGUUAUCUUUGCAACUCUCACUCAACUGUUCCUCGCAAACUACCCGAAAUGGGGACUAGGAUCCCAUCACACCAGCUAAGUAGCGGGCUUUAUGUCUCGGGCCGACCCGAGCAGCUUAAGGAGAGGCAGCCCACAAUGGGAUCACGGGCCGUACCAUACACAGGCGGGGACGUUAAGAAAUCCGGCGAGCUAGGUAAAAUGUUCGACAUCCCCGUCGGUGAUAACCGCAAUCCUCCACCUUCCAAACCCUCUCGCCACUCCUCAUCCAGCAACAGUGGAUCACUCCGAUCAUGGCCCAAUUCCGGCCCAAUUAGGAAGUCCUCUGGCCCCAUGGCGGCUCCACUCCAGCCCACCGGUCUAAUCACGUCCGGCCCAUUGGGGUCAGGCCCACUCCGUCGGUCGGGGCAGCUCGACGGUUCCGCCUCUGUUUCCGGUUCUUCCAAGGCGGUUUAUGGGUCGGCGGUGACUAGUCUGACGGACGACGUGAGAGUAGGGUUUAAGGUUUCGAGGCCGGUGGUGUGGGUAGUGAUGGUGGCGGUGGCUAUGGCCCUCCUUGUCGGUGCAUUCUUGAUGGUGGCGGUUAAAAAGGCCAUAAUCCUGAUGGCGGUGGGGGCGAUUCUGGUGCCGAUGUUUAUUGGCCUCGUUUGGAACUGUGCACGGGGAAUUCGAGGGUUGUUAGGAUUUGUUAAGAGAUUCCCUGAUACGGAGCUUAGAGGCGCCAUUGAUGGACAGUUCGUUAAGGUCACUGGGGUUGUCACCUGUGGCAGUAUCCCUUUGGAGUCGUCUUACCAGCGAGUACCUAGGUGUGUAUAUGUUUCCACAGAGUUGUAUACAUAUAAAGGAUGGGGUGGAAAAUCUGCAAAUCCCAAGCACCGCUGCUUCUCAUGGGGGUCUAGACACUUGGAGAAAUAUGUGGCUGAUUUCUACAUAUCAGACUUUCAGUCUGGGUUAAGAGCAUUAGUUAAAGCAGGCUAUGGAGCUAAGGUUGCGCCAUUUGUCAAACCAGCUACAGUAGUUGGUGUAAGGAAGGGGAACAGAGACUUAUCUCCAAGCUUCUUACAGUGGCUAGCUGAUCGCAGCCUCUCUAGCGAUGACCAAAUGAUGCGUCUGAAGGAAGGAUAUAUAAAGGAAGGAAGCACUGUGAGUGUGAUGGGUGUUGUCCGUCGCCAUGAUAGUGUCCUAAUGAUUGUUCCCCCACAAGAACCUGUCUCAACUGGUUGUCAAUGGCUCCGAGGCCUCCUUCCAACCUACGUCGAAGGUCUUGUAUUGAUAUGUGAUGAUAAUCAGAAUGCUGAUGUUGUUCCUGUGUAAAUAAUGUACAGUCAUUUUGAUUUUGUUUCAAACUGGGUGUCCAGAGUACAUAUGAAAAGGACAUAACCAGUAGAAGCUUCGAACACCCCCAGAACUACCCUUUUCUUUCCUGUCUAGGGUUUUGAAGUGUAUGUAAAUGGAUUGCGCAGAGCUGGAAGACUUGAGAGCAUGUAACAGUAUGUGUGAAGAGUUAUGCGUUUGGGAUUCGGACUAGAAUCUGCAAGGAGAAGGGUAAUCCCGCUCAAGAAGUUGGAAUAUGCUGUACUUUGAUUUACUCUGCCACUAGUUUUUGGCUUUCAUGUACGUACUUGUAAGGUUCGUGUGGUUUGAUUAAUCAGUCGUUGUCUUUGGUUCAACUUAUUUAAGAAAAGAAAAUAUAAUUAUC